AUGGAUGAGACACUGACCGUGCGCGUGGCCAACCUCGAGGCGAGCAACGCCGCCUUGAUGUUAGAUAACAACAGGCUCCAGGUCUUACUUCUCAAGUCGAAGUACCAGACGGUGAGGUUCAGGCAGAUGGCAGUCAAGAGCAACAAGGCGGCGAAACUCGGGCGCCGCAACAUCAUGAAGGUGAAGAAGUACAUCACCAAACUGCUGGAGUGCACGCACUUCACCCUUCCCGAAGUCAUGAAGAAGCUGCCCGCAGUGCCGAACACCGACAAGAAGAGCAAGGGCAAGGGCGGCAAGGUCAAGGGCAAGGGCAAAGGCACGUUCGACAACAACUCGGACUCGGGGGGGGCUGCGCCUUCAGGUCAGUCAGGUCACGACCACGGUGACAAGAAGGUGGUGGGGAUGAAGGAUGGCCCGAACGACGGCGACGGCGGCGACGCCGAGGAGCCCGACGAGGAGUCCUCGGACUGCAUGGGCACCGGCGGCACGUCCGACGACGACAGUGAUCAGUGA